AUGGAUGAAGAAGAAUUAGAACUUAAAGAACAAUUAAGACGUGAAAAAAAAGCCAUCAUAGAAGAAAGGAAAAGAAAACGUGAAGAAGCCAAGAUUGACUGGAAGAAUUCCAAAAGCAAAAAUGACAAUAAACAGAGUACAAAUAUCUCCUUGAAAGCUGUAUAUAUUUCAAAUUUACCUAUUGAUUGUGAGAUUGAUGCUUUGCGUAAUGAUUUACUGCAUGAAUUUAAUAAAUUUGGAGAUAUUGAAAGAAGUAAAGACGAUAAAAUAAAAUGUAAGUUAUAUACAAAUGACCAAGGAGAACUUAAAGGAGACGCUUUAGUAGUGUAUUGUAGAAAAGAAUAUGCUACAUUAGCUAUUGAAAUGAUGCAUGGUUAUAAUUUUAAAGGUAAACAAUUGUCAGUUGAAUACGCCAAUUUCAGUGACAAGAAGUUUAUAAACAAUAAUGAAAUUCCCAAUCAAGAUAAUGAAGUAAAUGAUGGCAACGAUGAUGUUCAAAAUAAAAGAAGGAAGGUAACAAAUGAUAUUAUUCUAAAUACUAACAUUGAUUCAAGGAAGGAGAAAACGUUGGUGCUGGCUAAUGUGAUUGAUAUAUAUCGAGACCUAGAAACUGAUGAACUCCAAGAAAUUGAAGUAGACCUUGUUGAUGGGUGCAAAUCCUUUGGAUCCAUAAUUUCUCAUGCUAUGUAUGUAGAUAAAGGUGAAUUUCAUAUCACUUUCUCAGAUAGGAAUGGGGCGUUAGCAUGCUGCAAAAUUAUGAAUAGAAGAUACUUUGACGGAAGAAAAUUAUUUGCAUACAUAUUAAAUGAGGAAGACUUAUCUGAUGAUACAUUAGAAUCAAAUUCUGAAACAGAACUCUUUAUGGAAGAGAAUGAAAAUUUUAUAGACGAUGACGGUAGAAUAUAG